GGAAAGAGGGAGAAGGAGCCCGAGGCCGAGGGAGGAGCUAGGACUCGGAGGACAAUGGAAGUAGGAGACGUGAGACUGGCUUACGAGCCCAAUCCACUUCGCUGCGCUGCUAUUCUAGCAGCAUUGGCAGAGGGUAUAAAAGUGGUCCUGAAUUCGGGCGCAUUUGCCAAACCGCUGAUUGAAAGCCUGGUUCUCAAGAAGCUAUCGGCCUGGAGACCGCUGUCAAGCGGAAGGCAAUCAGCACUUUUGUAUCCGGCAGUAUCUUAGCAGCAUUGAAGGUGCUCUGAGGAGCUGCUGCACCUUAGUCUCCAAAGCCUUCAGGGUCAACGUUGUAUCAGAAACGCAACAACCAGCCUUCACUUUUUGUUAUUCAAAAAUGGCAGGCACUUUGCGUACUUCCCUUUUGCCUGCGAGUGGCAACCUGACAACUGGCCUCGACGGUCAGAGCACCAGGCAAAACGCUGCGAAUUCAAUGCUCCCAACAACUCCCCAGGCGAGCGCUGCUCAAGGGCUGAAAGGCCCGGUCAUGAUGAGUGCGCCCAAGUUGAAGCUUGUUGGGAUUGGAGGCUCACUGAGGAAGGCGUCCUGCAACAAGGGUCUGCUCAGAGCAGGUCUUGAGUAUGCCAAUACCCUGCCCGGCAUUGACGCCGUUACUGCGGACUACAGCCAACUGCCCCUUUACAACGGUGACCUCGAGACCAAGGAAGGUGACAUCAUCAGGUUUCCCCCUGAAGUGGAGGAGUUCCGAGCCCUGGUCGCAUCCGCAGACGCCUUCCUGUUUGCCGUUCCGGAAUACAACUACUCUCUUCCAGGCGUCCUCAAGAACGCCAUAGACUGGGCCUCUCGUGCCCCCAACUGCUUUGCCGACAAGCCAGCAGCAGUCCUCGCAGCGGGGGGGAUAUCUGGAGGCAUGCGUUCUGCAAAUCACCUGCGCCAGGUGGGCGUCUUCUUAGACCUGCACUUCAUCAACAAGCCAGAGUUACACGUGCAGAUAUUUAGUAAGCCCUCACCAUUCGAUGCCGAGGGAAACGUGAUUGACGAGAAGACAACCGAGCGCAUUCAUCGUGUUGUAGAUUCACUGAGGGCUUUUACCUACCGCCUCCACAGGGCAGCUAAAACUGAGCAAUGAGGAAGCUCACUGAUGGUUUUCGCCUAAAAGUUGGUCGUUGUCCAACGCCCCUUCAGAUGUUGAAACUGUGGGAGUACCAUAGUAGGAUCGAUCGAUUGGACUGGGAUCAUGUGCUAGGCUAGUGUAAAUUAGGGGCUGAUUCGGGUUCAGAAGGAACAUCUGAGCUAUGGUCUGAGGGGAUUGACUGAACUGUGGACUUCUUGGGCCGCAGCUCUUGAGUGGUCUAUGCUACAGGUUGAAUAGGACCCUCAGUGCGUACUUAUUGUAGCGUUGCUUUGGAGUUCCGCAGGAAAUGUUUGUGGGUAGCAAAACGAGAAGCAUGCAAAAGCCAGCUUUCCGACUAGGUCCGAUAGGGUUUGGCAAUUCCUCUAACACACGUUGAGUGAUGGGACCAUAGACUUCUUCACAUUGCAUUCGACAGUAGCAAGCAACUUUCAUUCCAACCUUUUUAGAUUUGAACUUG